AAUCUCGAAAGUGACGUUAUCUGAAGUUUCAGGCUUCUCAACCAGCUUUAUCUAAGCUGCUCCCGACGCCACUCUAGCCAUAGUCACCAUGCCUACCACUCCUUUUUGUAUGUUGUGUUUUCGUCUGUAUGUCGAUGACAUCAUCGUAGAGGCAACUCCGACGACAAUCCUCGAACAUCUGAUACCUCAACUGAAACGGCAGCGGCCAAAAAUCGAUUGGCGAUUGGUGUCGCUUUAUCACAAGACGCACGAGCUCGACUGGAAUAAGACGGUGGCGAGUCAACAGCUCAGUGAUAGAAGCGCCAUUUUGAUUGGCUUUCGAGUUGAGAUCGCGCAAGACACGACGGUCGUUUCUCGUGUUCAGACACUUUCUGGUAACACACAGUCGAACGAGAGUACUUGUGACUUACCUCGACGUGAAGCAGAACAAGCUCCGAGUGAGGACCUGCUGAGAAGAAUGGAUAGCAUGGCAGUUGUAAAAGCUAGAAAUGAGUUUCUUGGCAAUACGUCAUCAACUACAAACAGCUUGUCCUCUGUUAAGAAAGGGUUAGACGGCCUUAAUGUCGAAGUGUGUGUACAGUCUGAUGAAACGGGAAUAGGGACUGGAAGUGGUUCAUUACACGUGGAGCAUGACCUUCCGUCUUAUGAAGACGCAGCAGCUAGCCGUUCGGGUUCGAGUGGAAUUGCAGUGAAUGUCUCUGUGAGUUCCAAACGUCAAGACCGCUGUAGCGAUCUUGCUACUACUAAGCGUAAGACUAUGUGUGUACCUCCAACGAUGGAGGAUGCUAUGGAUAAAGCCACCGGAACGAAAUCGAGGCUCAUCAGUGAUGGACCAGCUGCCUUACUUCCUGCAUCUUCUGAAGAUACGCAAGAGCGUUCACAGUCAGCAUCAGAUGCAUGUACAUAUCGCCAGUUAUAUGACCCAUAGCGUCAUAUAGCAAAGGCUAGCGGCUGUUUUGUAGUGAGUGUCACGUGUGUGUAAAGAUUAAGGAUGAGGACUGUGUAGAGUUUACAUACACUGUACUGUACAUACAAACAGACGUAUUUGCUAUCAGUCUAUAAUAGUAAUAAUUGAGAGUCAAAUUUAUUGUCAAAUUUCUUGAAGGAUGUUGAGUUGUUGCUUAUCUAGAUUUACUUUGGGUAGUAGCUGCUGGUUUUGUCCUUGCUGUUGUACAUGUACACAUGAUUUUUAAAUUAGCAUAGUUCUUUUGACUGCAUGUAAGAUACAUGAAUUAGUACAUAAUAGGACACACAAGUUACCUUAAUUGUAGAAAAAUGAAUGUUAUAGAGAGAGAAAUUGAUAUUAAUGUGUUGGAGACAUCUUUAUUUUU